UACCAAAGUAAAUACAAUUGAUAAAAUAUCGAACAGUGUGACUUAUAAGGGGAUAUUUUUAAUAAAAACUAAAGAUUUUACGCAUUCUUAAAUGGAAUUUAUUGAUAGACAGACAAUAAUUAUGAUUCACGGCACAUGCAUCGACAUGUAUCGCUAGUUAACCGGUUUUAAAGUCAAUUAAACAUGUAGUAAAUUAACGUUUAUCGUCUAUCUUUUGUGAACAUUUGCUUGGUCAUUUCUGUGUAUUUUGUAAGAAGUUAAAUUUAAGCAUAAAGAACAUGACUAGUCCGCUGUCGCCUGGCAUAGUACCCGAGAAUGUUGACACUAAGACAAUAUCUAAACCUUUCACAGAAAGUGGGAAAUGUAAAGAUGAAGUCAUGUUAACAUUUGACGAUGGACAAAUACUCUUUGUGUCACAAAAUUUCUUAAUAUUGACGUCGCCGGUAUUUGAAGCAAUGCUCUGUGGGGAUUUCAAAGAAACUCAAACGCGGAAUGUUGACCUGAAAGAAAAGAAAUAUGACAGCUUUUUAGAGUUUCUAAUGUGCAUUCACCCUGGAACGACUACAACUGUUAACAGAGACAAUGUUCUGGAUAUAAUGCCUAUUGCUGAAGAAUAUCAGGUCACACGUAUCUUAUGCAAAUGUAAAAUAUGCCUGAAAAAGUGGCUCACCGAUGAACUUGAGACAGCACGUAAGGGACAGUCUAUUGAUCAUUUCGUGAUACCGGCUCGAAACUGUUUAUAUAUCCUUAAAACAGUCGCAAUGUUAAACUACAGUGAGCUGAUUGAACUUUGCGUUGGAGUGGUAUCUCAAUUCGGGCAUAGGAUAUUUUUUGGCUCAUAUUCCCCAAAUACCAUCAAAGUUAAAAAAUUAAAAGUACGUAUUUCUGACAAAGGGAAAUUUACCACCGUCGAGGAAAUUAUCAGUGAAUGUACAGAGGUCUUCAAAAGUCUACAAGCCGAUGUGAAGUAUGACGUCCUUGCUCGGAGAUUGGCUCUUUACCCUGAUAAUGACUUCAAGGUGCCAAAUCCAGUAGAAUUUGGACCACCAUUCUUUCCAGUCUGCGUAUCAUUCCCACUCCAAGAGGACACCCCAUGCUGCAGCCGCUACCGUGACGACCUCCACGACCACAGGACUUGUUCUCAAUGCAACUCCCGAUAUAGCUCGCGCUCUCGUGACAACUUCCGCGACCGCUCACGCUCCAAUGAAGAACGCCGCUACCGCUACCGCUCACAUGACGACCCCUGCGACCGUUUUCGCUACCGUGAAGACCUCCGUGAACGCUCCCGCUUCAAUGAAGACCAGCGCUACCGCUCCCAUGAGGCCCCCCGCGACCGGUCCCGCUCCCCCCGCGAACGGUCCCGCUCCGGUCUCGCUCCCCCGCGACCGGUCCCGCUCCCAUCACGAAAACCACCGCUACCCUCACCGCUCCCAUGA